UUCCAACAUUUCAAAAUACAAAUUAUUAACAUAUAUUAAGGGUCUGACUCAUAAUCUUUACCUUGCUCAAUUCUAAAUUAUACAAUCAUUUCUAAAUCAAACUCUCACAAAGAUCAUUGUCACCCAAAUAACUCACAAACCUUAGGAGGUUCACCAAUCACUCUUUACUCUUUCUUUUAACACCAUAUAUCUUCAUGUAUAUAUACAUCAUCUUACACCCUUCUUCACAUCUCAUCUCAAAUGAUAUUUGCAUUUGCAUUCUUUCAUAUGCAAAAUCACAAAUUCACCAAAAUGGCUCUUCUUUUCCUCACUUUCCUAUGUCUCAUUACUUCCUCAAGGGCGGCUAUAUUAAACAGGAUCGGUAUAAACUACGGAAGGCUAGGAAACAACCUUCCAUCACCCGCGAAAUCAAUCGAACUUUUACAAAGCAUGAACGCAGGUAGAGUCAAACUUUAUGAUGCUGACCAUGAAAUCCUCCAUCUUUUAUCGGGGAAGAACAUCGAGGUGGCAAUCACAGUCGCUAACGACGAAAUCUCCGCCAUUGCUUCAAAUCAACAUUUAGCAGAUCAAUGGGUAUACGAACACGUCUUAGCUCACUACCCUAGUACCAAAAUCCGAUUCGUGUUAGUAGGAAACGAAGUCCUAAGCUCCACAAACACAGUUCAAGAUAUGCAAAUCGCAAAAGAUCUUGUCCCCGCAAUGAGACGAAUCAAAAACACGAUAAAAUCACAAGGGAUUCGGAACAUCAAAGUCGGAACUCCACUUGCAAUGGACAUGAUGGGAACGACGUUUCCGCCUUCAAACGGGAGUUUCAAGCCGGAGAUGCGGGAAUUGAUGAUUCCAUUGUUGAAGUACUUAAAUGGGACAAGAUCUUUCUUCUUUGUGGAUGUUUAUCCGUAUUUCGCGUGGGCGGAAAGUCGCGCGAAUAAUCAAACAGGGAUUGAUCUUGGGUUUGCUUUGUUGAGAAGUGGGAAUAUGACGUAUACGGAUCCACAAAGCGGAUUGGUGUACACGGAUUUACUCGAUCAAAUGCUUGAUUCAGUUGUUUAUGCGAUGGCGAAAUUGGGAUAUGAUGAUGUGAUGCUUGCAAUUGCGGAAACUGGGUGGCCACAUGAAGGUGAUUCAGAUGAGUUUGGAGCGAAUAAAGAGAAUGCAGCUGAGUAUAACAACAAUUUGAUAAAGAAAAUGUCUGCAACUCCAAGUAAUGGAACUCCAGCUAGACCAGGGGCUGUUAUUCCAACUUUUAUAUUUUCGAUGUAUGAUGAGAAUCAGAAAUAUGGACCUGCAACUGAAAGACACUGGGGGUUGAUGAAUCCAGAUGGGAGUGCUGUUUAUGCAGUGAACAUAACUGGGAAGGUUAAUCCAUCUGAUUAGUUAUCAUCACUUAUCAGAUUCGGAGAUAUCAGAGAUUUGAAUCUCAAUAAUUCUUAGUAAAUAAUGAGAUUUUAUGUUUGGAAUUUGUUUUAAACCGAGUGAUUUCGGGAUUAUUGGAAGUAAUUAAUAGAAAUGUUUUUGGUUUAACAGUUUUUGUGUGAAUGCUCGAUGGUUGAAGGAUUGAUAAGAAGAAUAUGAGUCUGAGUAUGAGUUGGGAAUUUGGGGUGAAAAAACCAGAAAACUCGAACUAAAUCGAUAAUUUAAUUUCAAAGUUCGUAAGUAACAAGAUCUAUAUAGGAAAUGAUAGAUGAAGAGCGUAUGAAGAUGUUAACAUUGAUCUCGAUGAAUGAAAAUGACAUAAUUAGGGUGGGAUAAAGUUGCCAAUGCGAGUCACGCACAGAGUUACCUCAAUUCCAUAUAGGAUUGGGGUGUGGUAAAACCAUAGGGGGGAUGUGGUGGAGAAGAAAGGAAGAAGAGAGAGAUAGAAGAGAGAUGGUAGGAGAAGAGAGUGAGGAGAGAGGAGAGAGAUGCGGCCAAAUUUAAUUGC